AUGAAUUGUUGACUCUUGUUGUUGGUGUCAGUCUGUCAGUGUACCUACUCCACUUGAUAGGUUCAAAAUCAAAAUUUGAUAACGCACAGUGUAAGGCUAUAGGCAGUGAAUUUUAGGCACUGAUGUCGACUGAUAACCGGUGCAAAAUUUCGGCAAAUGGGUUUGUUGGUGCGCAUGAGUAGCUUAUAAAAUUGAUAAUGCACAUUUGAACUCGGUUUCCGUUUGUUGUGCUUCAUUUAUUAUUUAAUAGUUAUCAAAAAACCAUUUAUUCCGCGAUAGACCUCUAGCAGUAUCAAAAGUGUAGUGUUUAAACUAAUUUAUUUAAACUUUGUUAUUAACUAUAAAAUAAUGUCGACACACAAUACAGAAGUAUGCCUGGGCCUGAUACGACAAUCCUUAAAGAAGUUUACCAUCGAAGAAGACGGGACUGGUUUCGAUACACAACAUCCUCACUCUUUCGUUAUACUGGGUGCAUCAGGUGAUUUAGCUCAUAAGAAAAUUUAUCCGACAAUAUGGUGGUUGUACCGCGAUAAUUUAUUACCAAAAAAAAUUAUAUUUUAUGGAUACGCUCGUAGUAAAACUACUGUUGCCGAUAUUAAAGAAAAAUGUGAUAAGUAUAUGAAGGUGAAACCAAGUGAAGAGGACGCUUAUUCCGAAUUUUGGAAAUUGAACCAUUAUAUUGCGGGCAAUUAUGAUUCUCGUCUGGAUUUCGAAAAACUUAAUCAAGAAUUGUGUGCAUACGAAAGCGGACAAAUUGCGAAUCGAUUAUUUUACCUGGCUUUACCUCCGUCCGUUUACGAAGUUGUUACAGUCAAUAUUCGUCACGCGUGCAUGUCUUCUAAGGGUUGGACGAGGAUAAUUGUAGAGAAACCGUUCGGAAAAGACUUGGAUUCUUCUCAAAAAUUAUCGGAUCAUUUAAGUUCUUUAUUUACAGAACAUCAGUUGUAUCGAAUCGAUCAUUAUUUGGGGAAGGAAAUGGUGCAGAAUCUCAUGACUUUAAGGUUUGGAAAUCGUAUCUUCAAUCCUACUUGGAAUCGUGACAAUAUUGCGUCAGUCUUGAUAUCUUUCAAAGAGCCUUUUGGUACUGAAGGCCGUGGCGGAUACUUUGAUCAGUUUGGUAUUAUUCGUGAUAUUAUGCAGAAUCAUUUACUACAGAUACUUACACUUGUGGCAAUGGAGAAGCCCGCUUCCGUUCAACCCGACGAUAUUAGAAAUGAAAAGGUGAAGGUAUUGAGAUGUAUUAAACCGCUACAAAUGGAAAACAUUGUUCUUGGGCAAUAUGUCGGCGAUCCAUCUGGUGAAGGAAUGGCUAAACUGGGAUAUUUAGAUGAUACAACGGUUCCUAAAGAUUCUAUCACACCUACAUUUGCGUUAGGUAUCAUCCAGAUUAAUAACGAGCGAUGGGAUGGUGUCCCUUUUAUAUUAAAGUGUGGAAAAGCAUUAAAUGAAAGAAAAGCCGAAGUUCGGGUUCAGUUCAAAGACGUUUCUGGUGAUAUCUUCGAUGGAAAACCCCAAAGAAAUGAACUUGUGAUUCGAGUCCAACCCGGAGAGGCCCUUUAUGUUAAAUUAAUGGUCAAAACUCCAGGCAUGGCUUUCGAUAUGGAGGAAACGGAACUGGAUCUGACCUACGAUAAGAGAUACGCGAAUGUGAAAUUACCUGACGCCUACGAACGAUUAAUUUUGGACGUGUUUUGCGGGUCGCAAAUGCAUUUUGUAAGAUCAGAUGAAUUAAGUGAAGCGUGGAGGAUUUUUACACCAAUUUUGCACAAUAUUGAGGAGAAUAAGGUGAAACCCUUUCAAUAUGUCUAUGGAAGUCGCGGUCCAAUAGAGGCAGACAAAUUAUUAUACAGUAAUAAUUUUCGAUAUACUGGUACAUAUCAGUGGAAACCUGAAAAUAACUCGCAAAAAUCUCAUUUAUAGUUUUAGUAGAUAUAAUAUAUUAAAUUAUGACAAGCAAUAAUGUAUUUUUGAUAAAGGUUUUUAAUUGUUUAUGUUAUGUUUAUACGAUGCAAUUUUGAAGGGUGCUUGAGGUGCAUAAUAUGUUGGUGAAUAAAUGCAAGUUUAAUAAA